UAGCGCGUUAGGCUUCGACGGAAAUCAAUAAGCAGCAAUAAAACUUCGUAGAAGUAACCAAAUCAUCGAAAAAAUGUUUUAUUCGAUAAGAUGUGUGGAGCUUCUCGUGAGACAGGUUACUUGUCUAGAAACAGCUUUGGUAACGUUAGUGCAUCUAGUCAUGUGUCUCCAAUCCACGUGUUUGGUUUCAUUUGCAAACGACGAAAUUUUGUGAAAUAUCUCUACAAAACAAGUAUUUUCAUUAAUUUUGUGACGAUGAUCAAUCCUAAGAAGAAGGCAGAUGGAAAGGACGAUGAGGAUUUGUCAUCAUGCGUCUCCGAAAGCGAGCAGAUGGAGCAGGGCCAGUCUGAAGACGCUCAAAUGCAAAGUGACGAGAACACCGAAGACAACGACGACGAUGAUGGUCAUGCUGAUGAUGAUGAUGAAGACAGUGAGAACGAUGAAAAUAAUAAAAAAAGCGGAAAAGAAGACGGAGAAGGUGGUGGCGUGUUCAUACCGGGCAAACGAAUCUUAGCCGAAGAUGAAGAGUUAAUCAUGGAUCAUAACGCAUACGUCCUUUACCACCAGGCAACCACAUUCGCGCCUUGCCUUAGCUUCGAUAUCCUUCGUGACCAACUAGGAGACAAUCGUGCCGACGUGUUCCCUUUGACGGUGUACAUCGUCGCUGGUACGCAAGCUGAAACACAUGAACAGAACAAUCUAUUAUGCAUGAAAUUGUGGAACAUGCAUCGAAUUGACCAAACCCACGGCAACGACGAUGACGACGACGACGACGACAGCGCCGAAGACGAUAAUGACGCCUAUGAUGACUAUAACACACAGGAUACAGCAAAUCGAAAGCCCAAGCUCAACGUUGCCAGUGUCCCACAUUCAGGUGCUAUUAAUAGAGUUCGAGUUCAGGAGUUUGCGAACGGGAGAAAAAUAUGCGCUAGCUGGUCAGAUAAUGGGUCUGUUUAUGUAACAGAUAUUACUGAAGCAGUUGCCGCAACACAGAAAAGUGAACUGUUAACAAGUUAUAUCAAAAAGAAGCUGGCUCCACAACCGUUUUUCAAGUUUUCUGGCCACAAAAAAGAGGGGUUUGGUCUUGACUGGUCACCAAUGGUCCCUGGACAACUCGCGUCGGGAGAUUGCUACCGCAGUAUUCAUGUAUGGCGUCCCUUGGAUAAUGGCGCUCGAUUCAAAGUCGAUGAACGACCUUUAAUGGGCCACACUGAUAGUGUCGAGGACAUACAGUGGUCGCCAAACGAAAGCAGCGUAUUGGCCAGUUGUUCUGUGGACAAAUCCGUGCGAAUAUUCGAUAUUCGUGCUAAUCCAGCCAAAGCAUGCAUGCUAUCAGUAGCAGACGCACAUACAAGCGACGUCAACGUGAUCGGGUGGAACCGAGUUGACAAAACAUUCCUACUAUCUGGCGGGGACGAUGGCAUAAUUAAAGUCUGGGACCUCCGACAAUUCAAGACAGGCAAGCCGGUUACACUCUUUGAUUACCACAAAGCGCCUAUCACUUCAAUUGAAUGGCAUCCUACGGAUAGCACCGUUUUUGCGGCCUCGUCGGAGGAUGACUGUGUCACGUUAUGGGAUCUUGCUAUUGAGCAUGACGCGGAAACCGUGGCAGCCCAGGGAGCUGAGGGAGAUGGUGUUGAUGACCUCCCACCACAAUUGCUCUUUAUUCACCAGGGUCAACAGGAGGUGAAAGAAUGUCAUUGGCAUCCACAAAUGCCUGGAGUCCUUCUCAGUACGGCGCACAGUGGAUUCAACGUUUUCCGAACCAUCAGCGUAUGAAACCACAUUUGAACUUGUCACUGGUAAAAAUAGUAACAGGUUUUAAUGAUUUUCUCAAUUUAGCCUUGUUUAAAAAAAUGUUCUUUAAUAAUUAUAAUAAACACACUAUAUAAUAACAGCGUUGUAGGAUACACACGUGUAAAGUAUAUUCAUGUAGAUCAAUAAUAAAUGGUUGUGUUCGAUGAAAAAUCCAUAUA